UAUUCAGUCAAUGUUUCCAAACUUGGAAUAGACGCGUCUCUCUAGCUGCCGUUGCCUUUCUUUCUAGAUGUCUUUUUUUUUUACAAAUGUGUACGUUUCAUUUUCGUUACAACAUAGUCUAGUCAGUCUAAUAGUAAUUUCUAUAUUCACGUUAGACCCAUGACCAUAUUUUGAUAAUCCGGGUGUGGAUAUUGAGGUACUGCAAUCAGACUGGAUACAUAUUUAUCUAUUUUGAAGUCACAGUUGAAUAAUUUUAAGAUCAUACUGUGGGAUUAUAAAAACUGGACAUGUUCACUUCUGUUUGACCGAUUUCGACUUUAGCAUGCACUGUUGGCAGGUGUCCGUGUUGUGCGCUGCGUUUUUAUCGUGUGUACAUCCCACGUCGGCUCAAACGCACGAAGUGGUGUGUUCUGGUACCCAGAACGGCCUGAGCUCCACAGGAACCCGCGAGAACCAGUACAAGCUGAUCAGGGACAGAUACACUGGAUGUAAGAUCAUCAUGGGAAAUUUGGAGAUCACUCUAAUCGAGGAGGACUGGGACCUCUCUUUCCUUGGGACCAUCAGAGAGGUGACGGGCUACAUCCUGAUCGCCAUGAACCACUUCCGCCGGUUGCCACUGGAGCAUUUGCGUGUCAUCAGGGGAAACACACUCUAUGACAGCAGCUUUGCCCUCUCUGUCCUGUUAAACUACCCCAAGGAGGGUUCCAAUGGCCUGGAACACCUAGGCCUCACGCACUUGACCGAAAUUCUGGAGGGUGGUGUACAGAUCAUCAACAACAGGUUUCUUACUCAUGGUCCAUGGGUGAACUGGCAUGAUGUUGUCAGAAACGCCAGUGCCCCCAUAAACAUUCAAGACAAUGGAGAAAAAGGUGGGCAUGGAGGAUUAUGUCACCCUUCCUGUACGGAGCAUUGCUGGGGACCUGAUGAAGACCAGUGCCAGACCUUGACAAAGACGGUGUGUGCCCCCCAGUGUAAUGGUCGCUGCUUUGGGAGGAGCCCCAGGGACUGCUGUCACAUAGAAUGUGCAGGGGGCUGUACUGGACCCCAAAACAUUGAUUGCUUUGCUUGCCGUCAUUUCAAUGACACAGGGGCCUGUGUGCCACAGUGUCCCAAGACCCUGAUCUACAAUAAGAACUCCUACCAGAUGGAGACUAACCCUGACGCCAAGUACCAGUAUGGGUCCAUCUGUGUAUCCCGCUGCCCUCCACACUUCGUGGUGGAUGGUAGCUCAUGUGUGAGUGGUUGUCCCCGUGAAAAAAAGGAGGUAGAGAGGAAAGGCCAGAGGCAGUGUGAGCCCUGUUCAGGACUUUGCCCCAAAGCCUGUGAGGGUACAGGAGGGGAAAACAGAGAGACGGUUGACUCCAGUAACAUUGACAGCUUCAUUAACUGCACCAAAAUCCAGGGCAGCCUGCACUUCCUGAUCACAGGGAUUCUUGGAGAUGAAUUUAAAAAAAUCCCACCUCUGGAUCCAAAGAAACUAGAGGUCUUCAGGACUGUCACAGAAAUAACAGACAUCUUAAACAUCCAGUCGUGGCCAAAGGAACUGAAAGAUCUAUCGGUCUUCUCCAAUCUCACUACAAUACAGGGGAGGUCCCUCUACAAGCGUUUCUCUCUGAUGGUAAUGAAGGUUCCUACCCUCACCUCUCUGGGCUUGAGCUCUCUUAGGGAGAUCAGUGACGGGAGUGUGUACCUCAGUCAGAACCCCAAGCUCUGCUAUUACCACACCGUCAACUGGACUCGCCAGUUUGGCGACCGCAGCACCAAACUCAAUGACAUCAAACUUAACAGGCCUCCGAGAGAGUGUGUGGAGGAGGGGCAUGUGUGUGACCCAUUGUGUUCCGAGGCAGGCUGCUGGGGACCAGGACCGGACCAGUGUCUUUCCUGUAGGAACAAUAGUCGCCAUGGCACUUGUGUAUCCAACUGCAACUUUUACACUGGUGAGCCCAGGGAGUUUGAAGGGCCUCAAGCAGAGUGUGUAGCCUGUCACCUAGAGUGUAAACCACAGGAAGGAACACAGCACAGCUGCACUGGACCGGAAGCGAAUGAGUGUGUGGGGUGUGCCAGUGCGAAGGACGGACCUUACUGCGUGCCAACCUGCCCCAGUGGUGUGAUCGAUGGAGAUAGGGGUCUCCUCUUCAAAUACCCCAACAAGGAGGGCAGCUGUGAACCCUGCCAACCCAACUGUACACAGGGGUGUUCAGGCCCAGGUCUGAAGGAUUGUUCAGAAGCAACUAGACAAAUAAAUAGUCAUCAGAUAACUGGGAUAGCGCUUGGAGUCCCGGCAGGUCUAAUCGUCUGCCUCGCUCUGUUCUCGCUGGGUUUGCUGUAUCAUCGAGGCCAGGCCAUCCGCCGCAAAAGAGCCAUGAGGAGGUACCUCGAGAGUGGAGAGAGUUUUGAGCCAUUCGGUCCAGGAGAGAAGGGGGCUAUGGUCCAUGCUCGCAUCUUGAGGGCCCCAGAAUUAAGGAAGGUCAAAGCGCUGGGAUCUGGGGUGUUUGGCAGUGUACACAAGGGCUUGUGGAUGCCGGAAGGAGAUUCAGUGAAGAUCCCUGUUGCCAUCAAGACCAUUCAGGAUCGCACUGGCAGACAGACCUUCCAUGAUAUCACUGAUCACAUGCUGUCAAUGGGCAGUCUGGACCACCCCUACAUUGUGCGUCUCCUAGGUAUCUGUCCUGGUGCCUGUCUGCAGCUGGUUACCCAGUUCAGUCCCCAGGGGUCCUUACUUGAGCACAUAAGGCAGCAUAAGGAAAGCCUGGACCCGCAGCGCCUCCUCAACUGGUGUGUGCAGAUUGCCAAGGGCAUGUUCUACCUGGAGGAACACUGCAUUGUUCACAGAAACCUGGCUGCCAGGAAUGUCCUCCUGAAGAGUGACUACAUCGUCCAGAUCUCCGACUACGGUGUUGCCGACCUCCUCUACCCUGACGACAAGAAAUCUGUCUAUAGUGACGUCAAGACUCCAUUAAAAUGGAUGGCUCUGGAAAGUAUCCUGUUCCGGAGAUAUUCCCAUCAAAGUGAUGUCUGGAGUUAUGGUGUGACUGUGUGGGAGAUGAUGUCAAACGGGGCAGAGCCUUAUGCGUCCAUGCAGCCUCAUGAGGUGCCUGGUCUGUUGGAGAAGGGCGAACGUCUGUCCCAACCACAUAUCUGCACCAUAGAUGUUUAUAUGGUCAUGGUCAAGUGUUGGAUGAUUGAUGAGAAUAUCCGACCUACUUUCAAAGAACUUGCCAAUGAUUUUACUCGCAUGGCAAGAGACCCGCCUCGCUACCUUGUCAUCAAGUCAAAAGGAGCAGAGGCAUGGUCAGAAGAGAACAACCAAAGGGAAUCUGAGUUGGUUCUUCUGGAGGCAGUUUUGGAGGAUCAGGAGGUGGUGGAAGGCAGUCUGGCCAUGCCUCCCCUUCAACUGUCUCCAUCUAGAAGCAUGUCUCAUCAAAGAAUAAACUCCUACAGGAGUGGCAUCUCCCAGGCUGGACCAGUGGGGUAUCUGCCAAUGACACCUAGCCAAGGAGACAAUCCACGCCAGCUGUGGUCCCUACGCUCUCAUAUCAACUCGGUGAGAACACUGUCUGAGGGGUCAGAGGGCAGGGGGUGUGGUCUGGACAUGGAGCUGACGGAAGGCCCGUCGCCAACUGGCAGUCUGCACGGGGCUAGGGGUGUUGUGAGUUAUUUGGGUGGUACAGAGCAGCACAGCAAUACAAACAUGUUUGCCAGAGGACACAGGAGCAUGUCUGCAGCCUCUGAGACCUCAGAACUGGGCAAAGAGGAGGACUGCUAUGGAUACGUGCUGCCUGGAUCAUCAGGCUCAACAGAGAGAGAUUUUCUUCUGUCCCACAAAGUCUACAGAGUAAGCCACCUAGGUGGGAGAGGCUCAAGAUCCUCCAGACGUCUGCUACAAUCUCCGCUGGCGACUGUUGCAGACCCGGUCCAGGACUAUGAGCACAUGAACAAACCUGCUUCUUUGCCCCGCUCCCCUCAAACGCCCUCCCUCCAGAUAGAAGGUCCAACGACAGUGCUUUGGAAGAAAGUCUUGCCUUUACCCUUCUCGACCCAUAAUACUUUACCCUUGCCAUUAGGGGAUGACAUAGUUAAUGUUCACUCUCAGGUGAAGUCCACCACUCCCUUCAAGGCCACAAGGGACCAGAAGGUAGUGCAGUGUCCUGAGGCAUCAAGAAGAGACCUGUCUGAAGAGGAGAAAAAGGCUUUGAAUGGAACAGUGCCUGAUGGUGCUGAAGCCCCAGGGAACCUGAAGCAGCAGGAGUGCGUAGAGUACGAAUACAUGGACAUCCGUAGAUCAGACUCUGGAGACAGGCCCAUCUGGUUAAGAAGGGAGAGUGCAGUAGCUGAACAGAACACUUCGGAUGCAGAGAAGAGAGAAAUAACAAGAGGGACUCAGGCAGAGGGGGAGAAAGAAGGAGAGGAAGAUGAGGAGGAAUACCAAUACACUAAUCCGCAGCCCAGACUGAAGGAGAGCCUGGUUGGUUCGUCCAGGCCCAGGCCAGAUGUGUUUGCAGCUGGAGCAAGAGGGGAGGAGGAGUACGAGGAGAUGGAUGGCUGUGGUGGGGCCUCUUGCGCAGGGGGUGAGGCAGAGUAUCAGAACAUCCCAGGGAAGGGAAGGGAAGGCGGGGAGGAGGUGUGUAGCAGCAGGUGCGGGGGGCUGGGGGGAUACAUCAAGGUGUGCACAGUAGUAGGAGAUCCCACAGGCAACACAUCAUUUGACAACCCAGACUACUGGCACAGCAGACUGUUCCUCAAACCAGAUGCUGUGCGCACUUAAUGAGGCAGACUGGGACAUAAAAGUUCUGUCAGUUGCUAGCUUUUAUCCACAGUACUGUUGGCCCUUUUGCAACUGUGUCGAAGGAAUGUGAAUGAAAGCUGUCGUCAUUACUUUUACAGUUUAUUAUGAUGAUUAUUAUUAUUAUUACAAAAGAUUAUUAAGAUAUGUAAAACAUACUAUACAAAUCAAAUUCUCAGCAGGAAGACUGGAAAAGUAUGAUUAUAUGACCUGCCUAAAAAUCAAUUAUCAAUGUUUACACUUGAUUUGACUGGCAGCUGACCUUUUUAUCUGAUCACCUUUGUUGCAUAUAUACCAUUUUGAAAUGUGGAGCCAUUAAUGAAAUGAAGUUUUCCUUAACAGCAACGGCAAGAAUGGCUGCAACUUGCAGGACAGGUUUUUACAGUUCUAUUGUUAAUUGUGUUUUUAAAUAAAUUGAUUGGAUUUAACAUAAAGCAUGUUUACUGAUGGAAGCAUACACUUGAAGUGUAUAUUUCCCAGCCUGUUGAUGAACAAUAAAAGUGAACUGAUUUGGAUGUAGUUCUAUGAAAGGGGUAUAACGCAAUGUUAAAUUGUGUUCUCAGCUGUCAUAUUAUUUGGUAAGAUUAUAUUCUACCAUAUUAUAGGUUAUUGUUUACGAUGAGUUUAUUUCCUAUAUACAUGUGUUGUAAUAGGUAAUUGUGACCACAUGACCUGCACCAAUUUAAGAGGUCAGCAUGACCAAAUGUUGUUGUUACCACUGAGGCUUUUCCAGCGCGCCAUAAAUUUAAUGAAGUGAAUAAAGUUGAUCCCAACAAUC